AUGGCGCACGUGUCCCAUGCCGGCACGGGCCUGGAGAGGGCGGGCUCGCCCUCUGUAUCACCGGCGAUGAGAUCGCCGCUGUCCAAGAUGGCCAAGCUUUUCAAAAAGAGGACCUCUGCCGUCGUGCUCGACGGCGCGCACUACCAGAGGUGUGAGGACCUGCAGCAAGAGGAGAAGGGGAUCCUCCGACGCUUCUGGAUCCUCCUUGUGAUCACCGCCGUCCUGUCGAGCUCUCUGUCCUUCCUCAUCGAUGCUUUCACCUAUACCACGGGUCAUCUCCGCCACAACCUCACCAUUGGUGCGCCGCUGAAGGCGAUUUGUUUCAAUGUGUGCCUGGCGUGCCUUGCGCGCCUUGUCGUGCGGCCGACCGUUGAGGCAGAGGGCAGCGGUUUCCCUGAGAUGAAGGCUAUGCUGUUCGGGAAAGUGCUCUUCAACUUCCUGACCUUCCGGGUGCUGGUGUCCAAGGCCCUGGCCCUGUCUCUCGGGGUAGCUGCAGGCCUGCCGCUCGGGAAGGAAGGCCCGAACGUCCACAUGGCGGCCUGCAUCGCUCGGGUCAUCCACCCGGCGUUCUUCGAAAAGCGCGUGCGCAGCAGCCACGGCGCCCACGGCGCCGGCGGCAGCGGUGUGGGCUCGGCGGUCUCGAAACUCUUGUUGGCGGCCUGCGCGGUCGGCGUGGGCGCAUCCUUCUCGGCCCCGAUCGGGGGCGUCAUCUUCGCGUUGGAGCUGAUGUUGCCCCAGACCUAUGAUGCCUUUGCCUACUGGGGCUGCUUCACCGCGGGCGUGGUGGGCGCCAUCACCUAUGCCGUAGAGCGAACCCUAGUCGCCGGAGGUGCUCAGAUCUUGCCGCUGAUCAGCUCCAAUGUGCUCCCUGGUGAGGGCGCUGAUACGGAAUUCCCGCUUCUGCGACUUGUGGUGGACAUCAUUCUUGGCAGCAUGUGCGGCCUACUGGGAGGUGUUUGGGUCAGAUGCCAUGCUCACGUCUCGGCGACGCUCAAAAAGUGGCGCAGCCAGGACACGCCGCAAACGCCCCGGCCGGGAAGCAGCCAGGAGCCGCUCCUGGGCCAAGCCCGUGGCAGGCGAGGCUUUGCCGGGAGGCUUCUGCAGCUCCUGGGCGGGAAGUGGCGAGACCUCGCCUUGGUCGCUGGCAUCACCACGCUGAACACCAUUCUGGCCUCGCUUCUGCCGCUUUUGGGGGGCAAGCAACAGCCACUGCUCAUUUCGACCAUCUUCAACAAGAGGCUGCACUUGGAUGCGCCGGAGAAGUGGGUUAUCUCCUGGGCUGGGGUGACUGGCACGAUGACCUUCUGCUUCCUCACGAAGUGGUUCAUGACUCUUCUGGCCCUCUCAGCUGCGAUUCCGGCGGGCGUGGUCGCGCCGACCAUGAUCAUUGGAGGGCUCCUAGGCCGAGUUUACGCACACGUGCUGCUGCCGGAAUGGUUCAUUGAGAUGCUCCUGCAGAAGGACGGCGUGCCACCCACCGAGCUGGAGAAGGGAGCCUUCAUGGCGCGGUGUGCCAUUGUAGGAGCCUCAGCGUUCUGCUCCGCUGUGUGCCGGGCCUUUGCCAUGGCGAUCACUGUGUUUGAGGUGUUGGCGCUGCCGAACUCCGUGCUGCCGCUUUGCUGUGCUUCCCUGGCCGCCAUCUUCGUGGCAAACAAGGUAUCUCUGCCGUUCUUCGACGCCAACCUGGCAACCAGAAAUCUCGGGGGCAUCCCGGCCAUCACCUUCACGGACAAGGCUCUCGAGCCGGUCAUGAAGGUGAUGCAGGUGGUCGAGAUGGGCGAAUGCCUGCCCCAGGUCACCUCCUUGCGCCAUGUUCUGCAGGUCCUGAUGUCCACGAAGCACGACUUCUUCCCCAUUGUUCGGCCUUUGGACUGGAACAUCUCCGACCAGGGCCUCCUUGAGGGGACGAUGACGAGGCAGAGUGCGGAGCGCCUUUUGCGAAUGUGCGAUCCAACGGGCGACGCCCCCGACAAGGAGGUGGACCUCCUGGAUCCCCGAUUCCAGGCGCCUCCGGAUGGCUCUGAGCCGCUGGUGGAGGGCUCGCCAGUGAGGGUGUCGCCCGACUGCACCGUCAAAGAUGCGUACCUCCUGAUGAAGGUGGCGGAGAGUGACGGCGUGGUCUACGUCACGGAGCGUGGCAUCCUCCAGGGCUUCGUGACCCUCAACACCCUGAUGAGCCGCGAGAUCUAA